AUGUGGCGCUUUUUAAAUACUAGUUCAGCUACACCGCCAGCAAAAAAAGCAAAAACUGCAGAGGAAAAACGAUUAACACAGAAAGAAUAUGAAAAGAAAAGAAAGCCAAGGUCUUUUCAAGUCAAAUGGAUACAAGAGUAUAAGGAAUGGCUUCUGUAUGAUGGAAAAAAAAUGUUUUGUAAAAUGUGUCGGUCAUCAUAUGGCCAGUUGGCUGUUAAACGUCUAGCAGACAAGGGUGGUUUUAAAAAUUAUUCCAAAGGGCCAUUCGUGGUUGGCUGUGAAAAUUAUAAACACUCAACUUUGAUUGCUCACGAAAAAUCAGAAGGACAUAUGCUUGCUGUACAGCAUUCCGAAUCUAUGAAAGCCCCCCCAGGUACAACACCAGCAGAAAAAUCUAUUCAGCAACUAAAUUCAGCAGUUUUCAAAAAACUUAAUAUACUUUUCCGAAAUGCACAUGCACUUGCAAAGAACAGUCGUCCCUUGAGGGAUUUUAACUGGAUGGCUGCAUUAGAUGAAAAAAAAGGCAUUCAAGUUGGAGAAACGUACAGGAAUGAUAAGUCAUGUAAGUCGUUCAUUUCAGCCAUUAGUAGUGUAGAACAAGAUAGAAUCAGAAAAGAACUUGACCAUCAUAAGUUUCUUACAAUUAUUAGUGAUGGAUCAACAGACGUAUCGGUUGUGGAGAACGAAAUAGUGUACUGCAGAUCAGCUUUCUGUGGAUUGGCAAAAACAUUCUUUAUCUCAAUGGAAGCAGUUGGGAAAGCUAACUCGGAUGGAAUUUAUAAAGCAAUAACUAACAGUUUUAAAUCAAACAUCGGAGCCAAUAGUCUAGAUAAAGUUGUUGCUUUUGUUGCUGAUGGUGCUUCGGUAAAUACUGGUGAGAAAAAUGGUGUAAUAGCAAAACUCAGAGAACAAUUAUCACCAUCUAUAGUUAUGGUAAAAUGCCUAGUUCACAGAAUUGAGUUAGGAUAUAAAGAAGCCUUGAAGUGCAAAGCAUAUGAUGGACUUGUUAAUCUGUUAACAGGACUCUAUGCAUUUUAUCACAGAAGUCCAUUGCAGAGAAAUGGAUUAAAAGAUUCAUUUGCUACAUUAAACAUUUCCCCCAUCAUGCCAAGCCGUACUGGGGGAACUCGGUGGUUGUCACACACUCUCUCAGCACUACUGAAGUUCUGGAGGGGCUAUAAAGCCAUUUCUGCACACCUAAAUCAGGUUUGUUUGUUGGAUCUGAAAAACAAGCCAAAAGCCAAAGCCCUUUUGAAGUUGAUGCACUCGAAGUCUAUCAUCCACUUUGCUCAUUUUCUUCAUGAUAUCCUGAAUGUCUUAUCAAGACUUUCAUUGGAGCUACAGAAAGUGGACUCCUCUAUUUACCUUUGUCAUGAACAGAUGCAAGCAACCAUGACUUCGUUAAGAAAGCUCCAACAAAGACAAGGUCAGAUGCUGCAAGAAUUAUCAAGUGAAAAUCAGGGAGAUACAUUCCAAGGAGAGAAGUUAGUAGGUCAUUUUGCAUACCCAUCUGACAUAGUUAAGAAACUGCAGACAUGUCUGGAAGUCAGAUUUGGGGAUUUGACUGAUGAUUUAAUGUCCAGUACAAAAAUUGUUGACCUAUCAUCUUGGCCUGUAGAACGGAAUGAGGACUUUGGUGAUCAGAGUGUGAGAAUCCUAAUUAGCAAAUUCAAAGAUAUUCUUCAGAAGCAGUGUGUUGACACUGGGGCCGUAGCUGCAGAGUGGGAGCUUUUAAAACAACUUCUAUACACCAAUGAGAAGAUUUUUGAGAUUAAUUGGCAGCUGAUUAAUGUGAAGUACAGAGAAAAGAUCCCAAACAUUUUAGAUCUUUUUGAUCUUGUGCUGUCAUUACCUGCCAGUUCCUCUGAGUGUGAGAGAGGGUUUUCUGUCAUGAAAAUGACUAAAACUGACUAUAGAAAUCGAUUGUCAAGUCACACUCUUUCCCAGCUAAUGGUGAUCAAACUUCACUCUCCAGAAAUAGAAAGUUUUGACCCAGGGCCAGCCAUUCAUGCUUGGAACACAGGCAUCAGAAGAAGACCUAUGUUUAAAACAUGUCGGCCCCUUGACAGACUAAAACAAGCACAUUCAGACACGGUACCAGACUGCCCAGACAUGCAGACACCAGAGAUUGAGAGUAGAGAAGCAGAAGAAGAAGCAGAGGAAGAAAUGAAAGACUUAGAGGAUGAUUAUGACAGUGAUUUUAGUGACAAUUUUGUUUCAGGUUCUGAGUCUGAUAAUUCUGUAGAUAUUCUUGCUGCAGCUGAUGAUCUCAGUGAAUAACAGACAGUGACUACUAUUAUGACCAGAAUACCUUAAUAAA